CGGGCCGGCGGCGGCGAAACGGGCACGGACGGGCGCGGGGCCGCGGAGCCCGGGCGCGCGCUCCCGCGGAGGUUUGUCCCCGCGCGCGCGCCGUAGCGGCGGCGGCGGCGCGCGGCGGCGAUGGGCGAGACCAUGUCCAAGCGGCUCAGGUUGCAGCUGGGCGGGGAGGCGGCCAUGGAGGAGCGCGCCUUCGCCAACCCGUUCCCGGACUACGAGGCGGCGGGCGCCGGGCUCGCCACCGGGGCGGCCGACGACACGGGCUGCGCUCGGCCCGCGUCCGCCCCCGACCCGCUCGGCCUGCCGUUCCGGGACGACGGCCAGAUCAUUCAGAGUUUCACAAGGCGGAUCCAGAAUAAAAUCAAAGAUCUUCUGCAGCAGAUGGAAGAAGGGCUGAAGACAGCAGACCCGCACGACUGCUCUGCUUACACCGGCUGGACAGGCAUAGCCCUUCUGUACCUGCAGCUGCACCGGGUCACGUCUGAUCAGACCUAUCUGCUUCGGUCCCUGGACUAUGUCAAGAGAACACUUCGGAAUCUGAGUGGACGCCGAGUCACCUUCCUCUGCGGAGAUGCUGGGCCCCUGGCUGUGGGGGCGGUGGCCUAUCACAAACUCAAAAGUGACACUGAGGCACAGGAGUGCGUCACAAGACUUUUACAGCUCCAGAGAGCCGUUGUCUGCCGAGACUCGGACCUUCCUGAUGAGCUGCUGUACGGGCGGGCAGGUUAUCUGUACGCCUUACUCUAUCUCAACUCCGAGAUGGGUCCAGGCACCGUGAGUGAGUCAGCCAUUAAGGAGGUGGUCACUGCUAUUAUUGAAUCAGGCAAGAGUUUGUCAAGGGAGGAGAGGAAGACUGAACGGUGUCCCCUGUUAUACCAGUGGCACGGGAAGCAGUAUGUGGGGGCAGCACACGGCAUGACAGGAAUCUACUACAUGUUAAUGCAGCCAGAAGCAAAAGUGGACCAAGAAACCUUGACAGAACUGGUGAAACCUAGUAUUGAUUAUGUGCGCCACAAAAGAUUCCGAUCUGGAAAUUACCCCUCAUCAUUAAGCAACGAAACAGACCGGCUGGUGCACUGGUGCCACGGCGCCCCGGGUGUCAGCCACAUGCUGAUGCAGGCGUACAAGGUAUUUAAGGAGGAAAAAUACUUAAAAGAUGCCAUGGAGUGUAGCGAUGUGAUUUGGCAGCGGGGCUUACUCCGUAAAGGCUAUGGCAUUUGCCAUGGGACUGCAGGAAACGGCUAUUCUUUCCUGUCCCUUUACCGUCUGACACAGGAUAAAAAGUACCUCUACCGUGCUUGCAAGUUUGCAGAGUGGUGUCUAGACUAUGGCACUCACGGAUGCCGUAUCCCUGACAGGCCGUAUUCGCUCUUUGAAGGCAUGGCUGGAACAAUUCACUUUCUCUCUGACAUCCUGGUCCCAGAGACAUCACGGUUUCCCGCACUUGAACUUGGCUGUUCAAAGAGAGGCAAAAAGGUGUCAGAAGACUACUGAGAAACCUAUUUGGACCUGACACCACCAGAAUGCUUUGUGUCUGACAAAGAACCAACUGAAUCCUGCAAGAGAGGGGAAAGCGUGGACACCUUCUUAGCUCCCUUUGUUAUGGAGACCUUCCAGUCAGAGCAUGAGUGAUGACCGGUUUUUGUAACAGUGACCCCUGGUGUAAAUAGGAAUUCAUCACACUCAGAACCUCUGUCGUUUUGCAUGUGACUUGGUGUUGUCUGUUAAGUGUCAGUUUUCUGAGGGGAGCCAGCCGUGCAUGGUUACGGCAGCAGCCACCUCUCUGUACAUAAUAUUCCAGGUGAGUGUCGUUUUAACGGCUGACCAGCAGGAAUCUGCAGGUGGCUUCUCUCACAGGUCAGAAAGAUUCUCCAUAACACCCUAGUCUAGUACCUUCACAGAAUUUCCUUUGGCUGCCUUUCAGAUACGUGUGACAGAAAGACAGUUCCAAACCUGGGGGGAGAGCUGGAGGGUUGAGGGGCUUGUGCAGAUGUUUUGGGAGAACGGGUGCUCGCACUUAGCUGGAUGCCCCCUCUAUGCACAGCGGAGUCAUUUAGGCUCUCAGAACCACUGCCGUGCCUGGGGCAGUUUGCACUCAGCAGAAUGUUUACAGCUGGGGGGUGAGUUCAAAGGCUCCCUGAUUCUAAGCAGCUGCCGCCUGGGAGAAAUGACAUUCCAGGGAGACUUUCAGGAUCGAGUAGCAAAGCACUGAAGAAGUUGAAUGAUUCUAGAAUGCAUACCUGGGCAUGUACGAUGAAAACAGACUACCCUGAAUUUGUUGUCCUGAGUUCAGUGGAUCCAGUUCCAGAUGGGUGGGAAGCAAAAAGGUGGCUUAACUAGACCCACAGCAGAGCAUAAAUUUGGGCUGUAGAGUUCUUAAUUUUUGCCCACUGUUUGGGUGAUACAUCUCAUAUACGAUGAACUGCCUUAAGCACAGAAAUACUGGAGUGUGUUUUACAUGGGAAAUGUAUCGUUCCAACCAAGAAGGUCAUAAUAGUCUCUGACCUAACGGCUUAUUUUUUAAAACGGGCAUCGAUCAGGAGUAGCUCUCUCUGUUCUCUGUUGUAGAGAUGGUGGCUCUUACCAGCAUACAAGGUGCGUGGGUAACCUUGUUCUCAUGCUGGGAGCUCAGGCUUUUGUCAAAAGAGACAAGAUAGGUCUCCAGAGCUGUUUCUUGUCUAAUCAUUUAUUAGCGCUGGUUUCACUCCUCCCAUAAUGGGGAAAGAAAAAUAUUGAUGUGGGUGACAAAUCCCCUCCUUUAUGCAACUUGCUCGGCUGUGUGAGCCUUCCUUGUAGGGCUGGCUCUCCUUGGCAUUCUAUUUCUAGGAGAUGGCGCUUCGUGGGACGUGUGUUUUUAAGUCACGAUUGCCUGAAGUCAGGAGAUCUCUGUAGGUACAGAGCCCAGUGGUUAUGUCUAGGCCCGCCUGGACAGCCCAGAUUCCCCUCGAUGAGCUGAGGGUCUCAUGUGUCACAGCCCAGCAGCAGCUCUUCCUCCUCCUCCGCCUUCCCCCAGCCUCACCCUCCCCUCCCUUCCCCCGGGGCCGGGCCUGCCACCCUCCUGGUUCCACACAGGCUGAAUAUCUGAAAUGAAGCAAGUGGUGCUGCAGAGAGUCACUGAGUCCUUCCCGUCCCCAGUGGUGGCUCACGGAUACCCUGUGUGGGCCAGCUGUCUCCAGACCAGCAGCAGCAAGAUCACUUCCUGUUCGUCAGGCCCCCAGCUAACAUGCAGGGAGAAACUAAGGGCUGGUGAGAGGAGAGAAAAGGGAGGAGUCAUCUAGUUGUUUCUCUUCUAACCAGCCACAUGGCACCUUCCCUCCCCCACCAGGUGUUAACAGAUGUGCAGUUCUGUGAUCUCACCCGCUUCCUAGUGUCUGUUUCAGGCUCUAAGCAACCACCAUUCCAUCUCAGUCCCCACCCCGCCCCCGGCAGAGAAAUUGAACUGAGCUUCCAAGGAGGAGUUGUCCAGAAAUGUGGUGUCUGGACCCAAGCCUCACAGCCGACAUGCUCAGAAUGAACAGCAGUGAUUUGCUUGUCCUCAAAAUGGUUCCAGAGUUUACACAUUUUGACAUUUGAAAGAAGUUGAUGUCAAUAAAAAAAUCUUUUAGGUGCUUUGGUCUUGUUAGUAAAGGACUAUGUGUGGUGAA